AUGACCAGGCGCGCUGGAAGAAUCGAUCCGGCACUUGAGACGUCGAGCAAGAAGCCCCAGAGCGAUGGAAUUGCGUGGAACGUUUUGACUGCGGUAUUUGCCCAGGGGAGAAAUGAGAAAUCUCGAGCACUGACAGGCGGUCAUGCUGGAAAGAAUCCCACUGCGGGAUCGCUUCUCCAUAUGCCUAGUCUGGGUCUCUGCGCUCGAGAAGCAAGGAAAGCAAUGGAAGAAAAGCUUCGCUCAGAAUAUAAACCGGGUUCUGAAGAGACAAUGUACAAGCAGAAAAAAAUGCAUAGAGCAACUUACUUGGUCCUCCUCCUCAGCUUUGUUCCCGGUAUUCUUUCUGUCAAGGAGCCACAGAAUUCCUCAUGCCGCUGCCUCGCAUUUGAUCACGAUUGCUGGCCAUCUUCUCGAGUCUGGAACAGCUUCAACACGUCAGUGGAGGGACGGUUGAUGAGAGUCUUACCUCCGGCUGCUCCUUGCCACGACCCCUUCUUUGACGAACAAGGCUGCAAAGAAGUCCAAGAAAGCUGGGAGCUGGAAUUCUGGAGAACAAGCCAGCCUGGUGCGUUGUAUGCCUCAAACUUUGAGAGCCUUGGAGACCAGCACCGCUGCUCGCUUGCCUCCAACAGAAGCUCAACAUGCUUCCAAGGUGCCGUUCCGGUCUACGCCGUAAGUGUCCUGGACCCCUUGCAAGUCAUCUCGGCUGUCAAGUUUGCCUCCAGGUAUAAUCUCCGGCUUGUAGUUAGAACUUCCGGGCAUGAUCCCACUGGUCGCAGCACAGCCCCGGGUUCAUUCGCCAUCUGGUUGCACCAUCUCAAGAGCAUAACUUUUCACGAGAGUUUUGUCCCGGAAGGAUAUUGUCCUGAUAAGAAUUCACCACCACUGGGGAAGAUCCCUGCCGUGACCAUCGGUGCUGGCGUUCAGUGGGAAGAGCUGUAUGCAGCAACUCACGAACGAAACUCUGUCAUAACAGGAGGAGCAUGUUCUUCUGUAGGGGCUGCAGGUGGUUUUCCUCAAGGUGGCGGCCACAGCUUGCUCUCGCCAAUGUUUGGACUUGCUGCAGAUAACAUUCUCCAAUAUGAAAUUGUUACCGCUGGUGGUGAGCUCCUCGUUGCUAAUGACUGGCAAAACCAGGAACUCUUCUGGGCACUCCGUGGUGGAGGGGGUGGCACUUUCGGAGUUGUAGUUUCUGCAACAUAUAGAACCCAUCCUGCUCUUGAAAGUCUCGCCUUUGCUCUCUACAACUUCACUGCCACCACUGUCAACGCCUCCAACCCCAUGGGAAAGCUGGUGAAGAAAUUCGUCCAGAUCAGUCCCGAGCUAUCUGACGCUGGCUGGUCAGGGAAUUUCUUCCUUUCAAGACGAAGCCUGGUGCUCGUCUAUCUCCUCCCGAACAAAAACGUCUCCUUUGCGAACGAGACACUGACGCCGCUGACGACUUACGCUGAGCAUCAACCAGGGAUGGUCCUUGAGACCAGUUUGCUCGCGUUUUCUUCCUUUCAGGAAUGGCAUCUAGCUGUUCAGUGCGGUGGCCAGCCCAGCUGCAUCACCUUCACCAGACGAAGCCAGUUGAGAUUUCCCGGAGCAUCGAGCUUGAUUCCCAGAAAAGUCUUUACGGAUUGUCCUACGAAGAUUUCCCGGGCAUUGAUGAAGAUAACCAACACUCCUUUCUCCAUAACCGGCGUUUCCAACCUUGGAGGAGAUGUGGCACGGCCACGGAACAACGCUGUGAAUCCGGCAUUGCGCUCGGCACUUUGGCAUAUCAUCCUGGCAACAAACACCAACGAUAACACAACUCAGGCGGAAUAUGAAAAGUUUGCGAGGCAGAUCACGCAUGCAAACAAGUUGCUACCGGGUUCAGGAGCUUACAUGAACGAAGCCGAUUUCAACGAACCGAACUGGCAACAAUCCUUCUUUGGAGAGAACUAUCCUCGCUUGCUUGACAUAAAGGACAAGUACGAUCCAACUGGUCUGUUUUUAGAAACAGAGCUCAUCUCCUCACGAUCUCUUCUCGUUUUGUUCCGGUCGAGAAAGAAAUUGUCGCUCUGCGUAAAACUACGAAGGGUUUUAAACCAAGCCAGCCAGCCAGCUCUGGAUCCUCGAGUGCGCCGUGGAGUCAUGGAGCGCUUGCGUGAGUAUCUGAGAUGCCAGGAAGAGAAGUGCAAUAUCGUCCGCGACCGCAAGAACUUCUGGAUGCCCGAUGCGUGA